CAAAACCUGCUUCUGUGUUUAGUUAAGGUUUUGCCAAAACCUCCAUUGACGAAGGAAGAAAGGAAGGAGCAAAAAUGGCUGCGACUGUUCCUGCAACUACUCGUUCUGACCAAACUUGGGAUUUUAGUUGUAAUUUGGAUGUGAAUUUUGAAUCGGAAGAACAUGCUUUGGUUGCUUACACAUCAUUGGCUGUUGAUAAAGAGUUGCAGCCUGAUAAGGUGAGAAGAGUUAUGUCAGUAUCAAACAACAAGCUUUCUGUGCAUUUUGAAGCAAUAGAGGCAAGGCUUCUUCGCGCUUCGUUCUCUGCGUUUGUAGACGUACUUACGCUAGCCACAAGAACAAUUCAAGAAUUUGGGCAAAAGUAAAACACCAAUGUGAAGAAAAAAAAGCUUGAUUCUUUCUCAUUACUCUUCAAGAACUCAAAAUUACAGAGUGUUUUGGUGUUUCUUCGAGCUCAAAUCUUGGGGUUUUCACAGAUUUAUUCAAACAAUGUAUUUGUGAACUGGAUUUGAGAAGUGAAAAAAAGAGAUGAUUACAUUUAAAGCUUUUAAUUUGACUA